AUCUUGAUGAGGCAAAGAAUUAAUUAUCUCUCCCACUCCCGCAAAAAAAAACUUGGAGGGAGAGAGACGAGAGAAAGCAAAACAUUUCGAAUCUCUUCCUCUCUGGAAUCUCUCUUUGCAAAACCCUAACCCUUACUUUCGUCAAAGAAUCCUCUUUUUCCUCAUUACAUACAAUUAUUUAUCCCCGUAUAUAUGUAAUCUGAAGCCAAUUUGCGAUCACAUUCGUGUUUGAUCAGGAAUGUGGAGAUGCACGAGACGAAGGAUGAGUCUGCGCAACGACGAUCAUCGUUCUCGUGCGCCGUUCCGUUGGUGAUCAUCGACAGUUUUUCUCGCCGGAGCUUUUCGUAUAAUAAGUUGCCUCAGAAUCCUCUCAAGCUUACUGUCCUUAAAUUGGACUCCUCUUCUUUUGAAAUUGAAGUUUCCAAGACAGCAACAGUAGCGGAACUGAGGAAGUCUGUGGAGAAUGCAUUUAGUCACUUACCGAAAGAAGGACCUGGCAAGAUUUCAUGGUCCCAUGUAUGGGGUCACUUUUGCCUGUGCUUUGAUGGCCAGAAGCUUCUUGAUGAUAAUGACUAUAUUGCAGAUUAUGAGAUCAGGGACGGUGAUCAGCUUCUUUUUGCAAGACAUCUAUCAAUCAACUACAACUUGAAAAGGAAUAUAUCAACGGAUCAGAUUGGUGACAUUGAGCAACCCAGCAUUUCAAAUACGUGGGAACCGGAAGAAGUAAUUGAUGAAAGAAUAUAUGAGAGUUGCGAUGAUGAAACCCCACGACAAAAGGUCGAGGAACAUACAUUUCCUGAUAUUCCAACAUUUGAGUACAAGCUGGCUACCAUAUUGAGAGGAUGGUUCUCAUACCGCAGAGUUUCUUCAAGUCCAGAGCCAAACUUUAAUUCAAAGAGUAUCUCAAGAUCUUCAAGUGGUUUUUUGGGCAGUUUCAAAAAUGUUAUAAUGGGAUAUAAUAAUAAGCAAAUCCCUCGGAUAGAGAAUUUGAAAGUACAAUAAUAUCAGCAAGGUAUCACUACUGUAUGUGAUUUACCCUUGACCUGUUUGUUAACACACCGCAUCCAAUAGUAGUAAUUACAAUAUUUGGAUCAGUAA